AUGUUCCAGCGAUUCUCCCUUCUCUCCAUUUUCUUCUUCUUGGCUUUAUUCCUUAUUGUGGAUCAAGUAAACAGUGCUCCUCAUAAACAAGCUGCUUGUGAAAUGAGAUUAUUCAAAACUCUGAAUACUUUAUGCAAUCACUCUGGAGAUGCUGAAGUCCUCCAGGAAACUGCAAUGAGAUGCUGUAGAACGAAUUGUGUGCUGACCGAAAUGAUGACCGCAUGUACAUUGGAUGACAACUCGAUCUGA